CCCCCCCCCCCAAAAAAAAAAAAAAAAAAAAAAAAAGAGAAGCUGCAAAACCCUAACCCUAGCCCUAGCUCUCGUGCUCGAAUUCGAUUUUCGUUGGCCAUGGAAGGUGAGGACGAGCCAUCGGGGCGAAUGAUCGACGACGAGAUCUACACGAACGGCGUUGGUGAGGAGGAGAAACGAACCAGACCGAUCAUCAGCGGCGAGCAGCUCGACGUCGAGGCCUAUGCCGGACUCUACACGGGGCGAACAAAGAUCACGCGCCUCCUAUUCAUCGCGGACCACUGCGAGAACAACCAGACUAUGCAAUUGGAAGCCCUGCGGAUGGCUUACGAUGAGAUUAAGAAGGGAGAGAACACGCAGCGUUUCAGGGACGUCGUGCAGAAGAUCGACGGCCGUUUGGGACCCAGUUACGGGAUGGAUGCGGCUUGGUGUGAUACGGUCGAUCGGAGAGCUGAGCAGAAGAAGGAAAAGCUUGAGAACGAGCUCAAUGCCUAUAGGACAAAUCUCAUCAAAGAAAGCAUACGGAUGGGGUACAAUGAUUUUGGAGACUUUUAUUAUGCUCAUGGUCAUCUAGGGGAUGCUUUCAAAAGUUAUGUUCGUACUCGUGACUAUUGUACCACAUCGAAGCACAUAAUUCAUAUGUGUAUGAAUGCAAUACUCGUCAGCAUUGAGAUGGGUCAAUUUACUCAUGUCACAAGCUAUGUUAGCAAGGCUGAACAAUCCCCAGACUCCCUUGACCCAGUUACUGUUGCAAAACUUCGUUGUGCUGCUGGGUUGGCUCACUUGGAGGCUAAGAAGUACAAGCUUGCAGCUCGUAAGUUCUUGGAAACCGGUCCAGAAUUGGGAAAUCACUACAAUGAAGUAAUUGCACCUCAAGAUGUCGCAACAUAUGGUGGGCUUUGUGCUCUUGCAAGUUUUGACCGAUCCGAGCUGAAGCACAAAGUUAUAGACAAUCUUAACUUCAGAAAUUUCUUAGAGUUGGUGCCUGAAGUGAGGGAGCUUAUCAAUGAUUUCUACUCUAGUCGUUAUGCGUCAUGUUUGGAUUACCUUGGGAAUCUCAAGGCAAACUUGUUGCUUGAUAUCCAUUUGCAUGAUCAUGUUGAGACACUGUAUGAUCAAAUCCGACACAAGGCACUCAUCCAAUACACACACCCUUUUGUCUCUGUUGAUUUACGCAUGAUGGCCAAUGCCUUCAAGACAAGUGUUUCAGGGCUGGAGAAAGAACUUGAAGCUUUGAUCGCUGACAACCAAAUCCAGGCUCGGAUUGACUCCCACAACAAAAUUUUAUAUGCAAGACAUGCUGAUCAGCGUAAUGCAACUUUCCAGCGGGUUCUACAAACAGGCACUGAAUUUGAUCGCGAUGUUAGAUCGAUGCUGCUUAGAGCAAAUCUCAUCAAGCAUGACUUCAACCUUAGGGCAUCAAGGAAACAAUGAUUUUAUUUGUAAUUCACCCAGGAUUGAUGUAUUAUGAAUUUAUGACCAAGAUUUUCUUGAUUAAUUUUUUUCGUUAUGAGAAAAAUAUAUGAUAGGUCAAUGCUGGAUGGUCAAGAUUGGCCACCUAGGGUGGGUGAGGGUGGUGGAUAUUGCAUAUUUUGGGAAUUCCUGGAUACCAAUUUGAUGCACAAUUACCGCUUCCCAAUAGUUACUGUUUGUAUAUACUCCGUUUUUAAUCUUUAAUCCAUUGCAGCAAUCUUUGUUCUAGAA